CUGCGGGUUCGACCGGACAAGGCUUCUUCGGCAAGACUGGCACUGCUGGUUCGACCGGAGGCGACUGUAGACAGGUAGGCUUUUCGGCCGGACAAGGCUUCUUCGGCAAGACUGGCACUGAUGGUUCGACCGGAGGCGACUGUGGAUAGGUCGGCUUUUUGGCCGGACAAGGCUUCUUCGGCAAGACCGGCACUGAUGGUUCGACCGGAGGCGACUGUGGACAGGUCGGCUUUUCGACCGUACAAGGCUUCUUCGGCAAGGUCGGCACUGCUGGUUCGACCGGAGGCGACUGUGGACAGGUCGGCUUUUCGACCGGACAAGGCUUCUUCGGCAAGGCCGGAGCUGCUAGUUCGACCGGAGGCGACUGUGGACAGGUCGGCUUUUCGGCCGGACAAGGCUUCUUCGGCAAGACUGGUACUGCUGGUUCGACCAGAGGCGACUGUGGACAGGUCGGCUUUUCGGCCGGACAAGGCUUCUUCGGCAAGGUCGGAGAUGCUGAUUCGACCGGAGGCGACUGUGGACAGGUCGGCUUUUCGGCCGGACAAGGCUUCUUCGGCAAGGCCGGAAAGAUUUGAAGAGGGGAUAACGUCCUACCUGGCUUAUCCGUCUACAAACCUCGUGUGUGUUCCAUCUCCUUAAUGCUAAGCUGCUCGUAUUUGCUAAGAUUUCCUUUCAAUCGUUGCCUUUUAAUUACAAUCGUAUUUGCUUAGGAAUUAGGAUCCGAUGGCCUAAUCAUGUGAAUGAAGCCAAUUAAGUAGGUCCAAUAUUAUUCCUACGCGAUUUAUGUUUGUGAGAUGCUUGUGUAUGUAUGUACCUAUGCCUUACAAUAUAUUCAAUAAAAGCAAAGGGAGAUU